UGCCCGACAUCAGGGUUCUGAGCUGAAGUGCAUCUGUGUUAUCCAAGCUGUUGCUAUUAUUGGUUCUAUCUGUUCUCUUAGUCCACAUGACUUCUCUUUUAUGCCUUCCCUCUGCAUGGCUAGUCUGUGCCGCCCUUACUCAUUCUCUUCUGAGAUAAAUUAUUAAUCUCCCAAACGAACUAUGAACAUUAUCUCGCUUUUAAUUUUUUCCCUUUUUUCUGCAGACAAAGCCAAGGAAUUCCUCAUGUCCGACAUGCCUCCAGCCCACUGUGCCCUUUUAGGGAAGGCUGAUGUCAUUGACUGACUCUGGCACCCAACAGAUCGGUGGCUUUCAAGUGGCCUGGUCCUUCCAGGUGCAUUUCACUGGACCCUCAGGCAGGCCCAAGAGGAGAGGCAGUUGGAACACGCAAAUUCAGAUUUCCUGCAAGGACACAUCUUUUAGGUUUUCCUUCGCUGGCUCUUGCAGCUGACACACCCUUCUCCCUGCGCUCAGUUUUACCCCAAACUCGGCCCUCUCACCUGUGCUAGCUGUUAAGUGCUCCUUUUUUUCUUUUUUUAACCUGAGGCCCGAGGAGGGGAGGAGAGUGGACAGGAGAGAAGUCCUCCCUGAGGGUGGCAGGAACCCAGACAAUUGCCCCAUCAUCGCUGCCUCGCAGUGUCUGCAAUAGUCAGAAGUUGGAGUUAGGCACUGGCGCCAGCAAAUGAAACCCAGAUCCCGUCAUGCAGUUAAGACACCCAUCUCCCCGCCCCGCAGCGCAGCGCAGGUUAAAAAAAAAAAAAAAAAAAACAUGUGAACAUAAAUUGACGAUUGACGAUUAUGAUUGUUGAAAAAUUAAGUAGUACUAUGGGCGCCCGCCAGGCAUCCCCAUCACAGCGAAACGGGAGGUUUUUCCAGAGAAGUGUAGACGGAGCGUGUUGCCCCACAACUCUGGAGAACAUCCAAAUCCCGUUUAACCCUGCAUUUUUACUGUCUCGACACCUCUCUGCACCGCCCCCUCCGCUUUCCAUUUCAUUUCUGCAAAGCCUCCAGACCGUACUGGUGGCGCCAAGCCGCUGUGAACGAGGGGCGAAUGCACUUAAUGCUGAACAGUAUGGAAAUAGGCGCUGAGUCAAUCUCACCAAAGCCGUGGGAACUCGACCCUAACCAAGAGCGUGCCCAGAACCCUAACGCACGCAGGCUCCCGUCCCUAGCGGCAGCCCGUGGGCAUCCCAGCCCUGGCGGCUGGCCGAGUGUCUCACUGUCCCCAGAGGUCACAGCGUAGUCGGGAGUGUUCGGGGCCCUCUCUCGGAAGGGAAUCAAGCCGGCAGUGAGCACAGGUUUGACCCUCAGCCACGGCUGUGUGGCUACACUGAGGCCGCGCCUCACCAACCACGGCUCAAGAAGCCGCCUCCCGGCACGCCCGCCGCGGCUCCUGGUUCCCAGAAACGUCACUUCCGCUCUGAACCCGACGCGGCCACCGGAGCUCCUGCCCUACCUCAGAUCUUCCAGACUCCGGCAGUUACCCUAAGCCCGAACAGUCGGCCGGCUUGUGUGGAAAAAGCAUCGGGGCCGGAAUUCCCUCUUCUGCCUUGGGAUACAUCUGCUCAAACUCUUCAGGCCCCUCAGGCAGACAUGGUGAGGGAUCUCAGCCACACCGCCGCUGGGACUCAAAGCCGCCAGCCCCUCUGGAAAGAUUGGUUAUGGGGUGGAUGGUCCUUAGUCUCUCCCUUCUGAACUGGUUCACACCACCUUGGUGGCUUCAGUCCUGGUGCCUUCAUCUUUCUCCCUCCACUUUGCUUCUACCCCACUCCGGUUUCCCUGGCUCCCUCUUCAGCAGUGAGACACCAGGCUGGAUCAGGCCUCCAGGGGAGAGCUCUGCCAAUAAGGGCAGCACAGGACCAGGACCAGCCCAUGGACCCUCCUCAAGACAACGCAGUGGCACUGGCAGGGAUGCCCUCCUAAGCCGCCAAGGGCCUGGGCACACUGUCCUCCAGGAAGAGCCAUGCUAUUAAGGAGGGGCAGAGGUGGCUGCCAGCAUUGGCCUGGCUCCCUAGACCUGCUCAGAGCUGUCCUGCUGCUCACUGGCCUGCUAUGGGGUGCCCGUGGCAGCACAGCCCUGGGCCACACCAUGCCACUGACCGAGGGCCGCUACCUGAGCAUUGGGGAUGGCUCCGUGAUGGAGUUCGAGUUCCCUGAGGAGAGCGAGGGCAUCAUUGUGAUCUCGAGCCAGUACCCGGGCCAGGCCAAUGGGACAGGGCUUGGCCCCACACUGCGGGUCACAUCCCUGGACACAGAGGUGCUGACCAUCAAGAAUGUGAGUGCCAUUAACUGGGGCAGUGGGGGUGGCUUUGUGGUAAGCAUCCACUCUGGCCUGGCCGGGCUGGCCCCACUCCACAUUCAGCUUGUGGACCCGCACAAGGCACCCCCCACACUGAUUGAGGAGCGGAGAGAUUUCUGCAUCAAGGUCUCACCUGCUGAAGAUGCCCCGGCCACGCUCGGCGCUGAGCAGGCUCACUUCUCAGAGAACCCAAUACUCUACCUGCUCUUGCCUCUUAUCUUCGUGAACAAGUGUUCAUUUGGCUGCAAAGUGGAACUGGAGGUUCUGAAGGGGCUCAUGCAGAGCCCCCAGCCCGUGCUGCUGGGCCUCCUGGGCCAGUUUCUGGUCAUGCCCUUCUACGCGUUCCUGAUGGCCAAAGUCUUCAUGCUGCCCAAGGCCCUGGCUCUGGGCCUCAUCAUCACCUGCUCAUCUCCUGGCGGUGGGGGAAGCUACCUCUUCAGCCUCCUUCUCGGAGGCGAUGUCACCUUGGCCAUCUCCAUGACUUUCAUAUCGACGGUGGCCGCCACUGGUUUCCUGCCGCUGUCCUCAGCCAUCUACAGCCACCUGCUCAGCAUCCAUGAAACACUCCAUGUGCCCAUGUCCAAGAUCCUGGGUACCCUGCUGUUCAUCGCCAUCCCCAUAGCAGCAGGUGUGGUGAUCAAGUCCAAGCUCCCCAAGUUCUCCCAGCUGCUGCUGCAGGUCAUCAAGCCCUUCAGCUUUGUGCUGCUGCUGGGGGGCCUCUUCCUGGCCUAUCGCAUGGGGGUCUUCAUCUUGGCAGGUGUCAGGCUACCCAUUGUACUGGUGGGCCUCACAGUGCCGCUGGUUGGCCUCUUGGUGGGCUACUGCCUGGCCACAUGUAUGAAGCUGCCGGUGGCCCAGCGGCGGACAGUCAGCAUUGAGGUAGGGGUGCAAAACAGCCUGCUGGCCCUGGCCAUGCUGCAGCUGUCCCUCCGCCGCCUGCAAGCCGACUAUGCCUCCCAGGCCCCCUUUAUCGUGGCGCUGAGUGGCACCUCCGAGAUGUUAGCCUUGGUCAUUGGCCACUUCAUCUACAGCAGCCUGUCCUCGGUGACUUGAGGCUCCUGGGUCAAGCUUUGUUCAGCCCCUGUACUCCACCAUCCCCACUGUUCUUGUGUACCAAAGGCCUUUAGUUCUCAUGCACUAUGCACUCUGAAAAAUCCAGGCUUAUUUUUUUUACUGAUUUUUUUAUUCUCCAGCUUUCAGUGCCAAAGAGGCCAUGCUGAAUUAGGUAGAUGGGCACUGCCCAGAAAAUAUAUUUCAAUAAAAGAGAGAAACAAGCCUGGGUCCCUUCCAAUCUUUAUCCUUUGGGACCUGGGUAGCUGUGGGCCAGGGAGGAGGGCCGACUUGGGUGACACCGC